AUGCAUGUGUACUUCAGAGACUGCCUCACCAUCGUCGAAAAGGAUACACCAACGAUAGAUCACCACACGUCGAAAGUACCUCCUGAGCAAUCAGGAACCACGAUUGAUGACCACGUCGCGUAUGAGAUCGAAAAGUACAUCUCGAAUGCUGGUGACUGGGACUUGAAGGAAUACGAGGGGCUGCUCUGA